AUGUCUGCCGACCUUGCCUGGGAGCACCAGUUCUGCCUGGCCUGCGACAGGCAAACAGAGGGCACAACCUACUGCUCCGAGUCCUGCCGCCUUUCCGACUUUGAGAAGUGCUCGCCUUCCCCAUACUCGGCCUCCACUCCCAUCUGGUCUUCAAAGUCGCAGUCCAAGGUCUACCUCGCGCCUAGCUUUGACUACACCAACGGUCAGGCCGCCGCCAGGCAAUCACAAACCUCGUCAACCCACGUGCUGUCGCCCUCAAGCUCCCACAGCAGCCUCUGCUCUUUGCAGAGCAUGUCCUCAACCUCGAGCGACUUGAACAACUUGUCAGACAAGGCGAGGAAACAGCUCCGGGACUACGCGAGCUCGUUUGAGCACUCUCGCGUCCAACGCCGCCGCUCAUACUAG